AGGGGCUGUCGAUGCUGUGGGUGCCGCUGAAGGGGCACAAGGGCGUGGAGAUGCGGCGGCUGGACGUGAGCGGGCAGAAGGCGGCGGGCACGACCUUCAUCGAUCUCGAGGACGUCGAGGUGCCCGUGGAGAAUCUGAUGGGCGAGGAGGGCCGCGGCAUGAUCCAGGUGAUGACCAACUUCAACCACGAGCGCCUCACCAUCUGCAUCACCGCAACACGGCAGUCGCGCGUGGCGCUCAGCGCGGCCUUCGCGUACGUGCUGAAGCGUGAAGCGUUCGGGAAGCCGUUGAUGGAUAUCGGGGUGGUGCGGCACCGGCUAGCGAAAGCGGGAUGUCUGCUCGAGAGCCAUUGGGCGUGGAUCGAGCAGUUCGUCUACCAAAUGUGCAAUUUGAAGAAGGAGGAUGCGGACAUUGAGCUGGGCGGGCUGACGGCCGCGGCCAAGGCGCACACGGGCAUUGUGAUGAAGGAGUGCGUGGACGCCAUGUGCUUGCUGUUUGGCGGCAACGGGUAUACCAAGUCGGGCCAGGGCGAGCUCGCGGAGACGAUGUGGAGGGAGUUGAAUGGGAUUCGAGUCCCCGGUGGCUCCGAAGAUGUGAUGCUCGAUCUCGGCAUCCGGCAACUGGCCAAGAACUUUCAGCGGAAGACGGCGGAGUUGGAGAAGUCGAGGGGCUCGAAGAUAUAGAUAUUUCCAUAGAUGAAUUAGCAAGUGAUACCUUGCAUGCAUGUGCACAUCCGACAG